AUGCCGGGCAAUUUUCAGAAAGCGUUACAAAAGCAGGCUUAUGACAUAAUUUCUCAUCGAUAUGGAUUGCUUAUUAUCAUUGGUGCCAUAGUUUUGGUAACCAUAUCUGCAUUCCACUUUGGAGAGACGGUAUUGGAAUGGAGUGAAGAAAAGUAUGCAGCUGUUUUCAACUCAUUUAGUGAUAACUUGGCAGGGAAGUCUUUCAGAGAAAGGUUGUGUUUGCCUGUACCCAUAGAUGUUGUUUACACAUGGGUAAAUGGCUCAGAUCCUAAACUCAUCAACCAGCUCCGCAAAGUCAAAAUGGACAUGGAGGAGGAACUCAACAUCACAAGGGAAGAAAAAUGCACUUUUACAAACUGCCUGAAGACAAAUAUGGUCAUUCUUGACCCACCAUUGCCGAAGGAGAUGACCCUGGAACAGUUAUCUCAGAUAUGUUCAACAUUUAAGCAUGCCCAGAAGUUGUUUCCUUUGAUGUCAAAUACAGAAGAUAAGAUGAAUUUCAGUGUUGUUGCCUUCCCCAAUACUUUUAACAUGUCAUUGCUUCCGGGUGAAGAUUUGGUGGUGAAUGAGCUUAAUGUAACAAUCAGAAGUGGCUAUAUAACGACAGACUGGACUGUUCCCAACAGUAUACUGAUGUCUGAUGUCAUCAUAAUGGCAGGAAUUCCUUCCAAGUACAGUCUGGAGGAACUAAAGGAAAAACUGCCCAAUAGUGUGAAGAAUGGGGUGGAUAAGAUGGAGCUGCAUAGUGAAGAGGGCUUGGUUGUGAUGUAUGUUCCACAACAUGAUGAUUUCAAUAGAAUCCUGGCAGCUAAUAAUUUUACAUUUGAUGGGAAGGAGCCCACACUGAAUGCAGCCAACCUGGUCUGGGACUUGAGAGAUUUCCGAAGAAAUGAAGAUGUCUCUGCCAGCCGCUUCGAGGACAAUGAGGAACUGAGGUAUUCACUAAGAUCCAUUGACAGAUUUGCCCCAUGGGUCAGACACAUCUAUAUCAUUACCAAUGGACAAAUUCCCUACUGGCUCAACAUGGAACAUCAUCGGAUCACUGUGGUUACACAUGAAGAGCUCUUCCCCAAUAAAACUCACCUGCCAACCUUCAGCUCGCCAGCUAUAGAGGCCCAUGUCCACCGCAUCCCUGGACUAUCCAAACGCUUCAUAUACCUUAAUGAUGAUGUCAUGUUUGGCAAAGAGGUGUGGCCUGAUGACUUCUACACCUUCAGUGGAGGUCAAAAGGUAUAUUUAACUUGGCCCGUUCCAAAUUGCCAAGAUGGCUGCCCGACAACUUGGAUUAAAGAUGGCUACUGUGACAAAGCAUGCAACAACACUGACUGUGAAUGGGAUGGUGGAGACUGUACAGGUGACCAUGUGAACCAAGCUGCUAACUGGCACGGUGGAAGUUGGCAGGGAGACACAGGAAUAGACUACUGUUACCAAGGCUGUCCUAAUACCUGGCUGGCAGAUCGAUACUGUGAUACAACAUGCAAUACUCUGGAGUGUGGAUUUGACACUGGAGAUUGUGGGAUUGAUAACUAUAAUCUACUGUAUAGAGUUGACCUCCUGCCAUCCACAACCAGUUACACAAUCCCUAAAGGUGAAACUGUUAUCUACUUCAACCUAACUUCCUUGGUUGGCUUGAAGGGAACUAUAUAUCGUGCAAGUUACAAUCAAUCAAGUGUGGUGAGAGCAUCUGCUAUUGGCAACAAAUUUAGGGUCAUGACCCUUAUUCUACAUCCAAAGCAUAAUAGAACCACAGUAACCUUCACCUUGAAUGGUCACAGAGGUAACAGCAACGACACAGUAGAGCUUAUCUUUAAUGUGACUGUUAACACUGAUCCAGGAAAAAAGCAGGUCAGUGUUAAUGAAACUCUUGAAAUUGCAAAAGCAAACCAGACAAAAGGAAACAUCAAUGAGACCAAGAAUACAGUCAGGGAAGUCAAACUCAAAGACAUUCCAAAGGAAUUGUGGCAUCCGAAACCGAAGGCUUCAGAAAAUGAGUUAUCAGAUCUUCCACCUCACGUGAACUUAUCAGCCAUUGAACUUCCCCAGCCUUUGGCGAUAGAAUUGAACAACUCUAGACAACAGCUGAUGGAUGGUGAACUGACAGAAAAGGGAUUUAUAAUCCAGCAGCAGAUUAUCUGGCAAAAAUUCCAGAUUUUACAACGACAAAAUCAUGGCGAUCAAAACAACAUUCAGAAACCUAUUGAAAAAGAACAUCUUAGAAGCAUUAUUAUCAAUGAUAAACCAUCUGAUGUUGAGAGUCAUCUCCCUUGGGAAAAAGAUGGAGUCUUUAACAAGAUCCAAAUGGAGAAAGAGAAGUUGAAGCGAUCACAGCAAUUCCCUGUUACCCAAAGACGAGGGCGCCGCCUGUUGGACACAUUUGGUGACUCUCUUCGCCAUGUCAACAAACUAUUUAACAAGGCAUUCGGGUAUACAGCACGGAAAGUUCCCGGCCACAUGCCUCAUAUGAUUGACAAGGAUAUAAUGAAUGAACUACAGGACAUGUUUCCAGAGGAAUGGGCUGUGACAUCGUCACACAAGAUCCGUAGUUCUGAUGAUAUGCAGUUUGCCUUCUCCUUUUAUUACUACCUGAUGGGGGUCAAAAAGGAUGUCACCAUAGGGCAAGUCUUUGAUGAAAUGGACACAGAUAAAUCUAGGGUUUUGUCAGACAGGGAAAUCCGAACAUUUGCUACCAGGCUGUUUGACCUGCCUCUAAGCCUUCCUAUGCUUGUGAAGAUAGAAGACAUGAUGAGAAAUUGCUCCAAACACCUACCAGAAGAUGUUAUCCGAGAGUACCCUCCAGUUCCCGAGGAGACAUAUUAUGAGGAAGGCAUGCCUCAGGUGACUAGAAACUUGUUCAUACAUUGUGAGCCAAUGAUUGAACUUGUUCACAAAAAUUUCAAGCCAGUGAACAAGUAUAGUUUUACAUUGAUGGAUGAUACAGAAAUUGCAUUUAAGAUGAUAAAAAGUAAUAUUUCCACCGUUGUUGGACAAUUAGACGACAUUCGUAAACACCCUAAAAAAUUCAUUUGUUUAAAUGACAACAUUGACCAUAACAAGGAGGACGCCAAAACAGUUAAAGCAAUACUCCAAGAUUUCUAUGAAGCUGUGUUUCCUAUACCAUCACAGUUUGAACUUCCACGAGAGUACAGGAACCGCUUCCUUCAUACUGAUGACCUAAGGGAAUGGAGGAAAUACAGAGACUGGCUCAAGUUUUGGACACACUUAGCCUUAGCUGUGUUGGUCAUCUUUACUGUGGCAUCUUUUUUUGCAGAAAAGAUUGAAGCAGCGCAAAGGAGAUUUUUUGGACGACGUCGUCCAAAGGCAACAUCAUCAACAGCAGAGACCGAUACGAGUGAGACGAGCGAGACUUCAAGCCGAUCUCAGGGUGCCGUGGAGACUGUUUGACGGUUACUGCUCUGGAUAAUCACACCCGAUAUUCUACUGUCUGUCCUUGUCCUCCUUCUGUUAGUCAUUGUAGUAAUGAUGGUGGGUGAAUCAUACAAAUUCUGAAAUCCUAGAUAUUUAGUCUGGGUGUAGAAAUGUUUCUCUUCACCAUUUUUCCUGAUAAAGUGUAAUUUGCCAGGUUUUAGGAGAAAAAUUAAAUAAUCAUUGUUUUACAAGAAUUUGAAACACAUAUUGUAUACUACACACUUCUUCUACGCAAUUUUUCUUUUGUAAAUGUAUCUAGAUAUAUAUGUU